AAAUAUAUAAUUACUGGUUGUAGCAGAAAUUUUAGAGAAAAUUAGAUUGCCAAUCUAGGCCUUUCAGUCAGUAUUUGAGAUAGACCUUGAAUAAAAGUCUGUAGUCUCUGUGUAGUAGUAUAUAUUCCAUCAUCUUCCUCUUAAUUUCGCCUUUUAGCAGAAACAGGGCGAAAAUAAUUAAAGACUUUCUUUUAUUGUAAGAAAUCAAUUCUCUUAGCGUAUGGAAGAAGGAAUUAAGGGUUAAACGAAGCACAUGUGCACUCACACAUAUUAAUGUUCACCAACGUAAUCUUCCAUACUUCCAGCUAGUUCCAAUAUUUGGGGGGAGAGAGAAAGAAACAGAGAGGGGAAAGAGAGACAGAAGCUUUCUUAUGUUCUACCAUUCCGUCGAUUUGGUGGAGUCGAACUGUCAAUGCAUACACACAUUGAUAUUGUAUACGUAAUUUCUAGGAGAAAGGUCUCCAUUCGGGUGUGUAAAGGUGGCCCUGUCGACUGGGAAAAAAAUCGGGGCUAGAGGGGGGACCUUUAGAGAUAUAAAAAAAAUAUGACAGAAAGGUCAUUAUGCUGAUAUCUCAAAUCGGAGAACGAUUGUUAUCCCCUUUCGUCGACAAUCGUAUAUGUCCCUGUUUGUGUCAUGGAUCCAAACAGCUUCCAUCUGAGCUGGCUCUAAAUCUAAUCAAAGAAGCAAGCAUCUAUUUUCUGUAUUAUCGACAUUAUUAUAUAUUCUGGAGAAAUUUCUUGAAAAUCUCCCUCGCGAAACGGAAUUGUUUGUAACCUCGGGAUAUUCGUCUUUAUAUUUUAUAAUAAUUGUUUAUCUGUCGGAUGCAUCAUUAUUUCAAAACGAAGCUUGGAGGAAAAUCUAAAUUUAUGAGAACUGAAUUCAAAUUAUUUAAAAAGAAAAGAAAUAUUGAACGAAAGAGAAAAAAACUAAAAGAAAAAACAAACGGAGAACCACCUAAAAACAGUCUACCAAAAUAUUUCAAAAGCUAACCUUUCCUUAAAUUUGUGAAACCUACAGAUAUAUUUAAUACCAUUAUUACUUAAUUAUUGCUAUUAUUACUUAUUAUUGCUAUUGUUAUUAUUAUUAUUACUUCAAUUUGUUGUUGGAUGUGAUGUAAAUGGUUUUAUUUUACAAGAUAUUUCUCUCUGAUUUACCCCCCGCCCAAAAAUUGAAGCUAAUUAAAACAUUGGUCUAAAAAGCUAACUAACCUCUUGUUAACUAUUAAGAUCAUUCGUGAAAAAAAUAUUUUUUCGUCCCGUUGGCUGUGAAGAGAGAAAUAAGGAAGUAAUCAGUGUCUACAGACUUACUGCUACACACACACGCGCAUACACAAAGAUAUAUAUACAUAUAUAUAUAAAGAUUAUAUAUAUAUAUAAAGAUUUUAUAUAUAUAUAUAUACGUGUGUGUGUGUUACGUUGGAGGUUAUCGCUGAGCUGUGGUUUUAUUAAAAACAAAAAAAAAUUCGACUUUGGAGAGAUGGAAGUAAGACCGCUAAAGAAGCAGUAACGAUUUUUUUUUUAAGAAUUGGAGGAAUUUUAUUUGCAGGAGUAAAAUAACGGGCAAAGUGGUGACAUAACUGAGAAUAUAAAAUAGAAAUUUCAUGUAAAUUUCACGAAAAAUCAAACCGGGAAGUGAGGGAGACGUAGAACAGUUGUCAUUAACUUGCAAGUGCACGGAGAGAGAGAGAAGAAAUAUAGUAAUUAGUAUAAGGGAGGGAUAAAUAAUUGAGGUAGAGAGGGUGAGAGAUAAAAGGGAGAAAUGCGGGGAAUGGUAAGAGGAAGUUGAUGCAGUGUAGAAGUGGCAAAGUAGUAGUAGUAAAGUAGACGUCUGGAAGAGCGAGUAGAUCGAGUGACGAAGGUGCAGGUGAAAAGGGAGAAGGAAGAGGUUACUAGGAGAAGAAGGGGAGAACUGAAAGUAGAGGUGAGAGGGGGAAAGAACAUUGUUAGAGGAGCGAAGCAAAACAGAAAGUUUUUCCUUCUCUUUUUUUCCCCUCAUUUUUCUCCCCCUUUUUUUUUCCAAUUUUUUCCCUAACUAACAAUUAAGAUCAAAUCAAGGAACAAAGUAAGAAAGUCUACGAGAAAGAAGACAGAACAAACAGGCAAAAUGGUCUACUUUAGUGGAUCUCUCAAACUGAUGGUGCUGGAAGCGAAAGAUUUACGGCCAACGGACUUCGCGACCAGACACCAAAUGAACAAGCUAACCCAAAUAGACCCUUACAUUUCUAUAGACAUAGAUGACGUCCUAAUUGCCCGGACUCAGUCCAAAUCAAAGACCAACAGACCGGUAUGGAACGAAAAUUUCCAGACAGAGGUGCACAACGGCCAAAUCAUUGGACUAACAGUUUUCCACGAUGCUGCAAUACCUCCGGACGAAUUUGUCGCUAAUUGCUUUUUACCACUGGAGGAAUUCAAGACGAACCCCGACAGCUGGCUGUGUCUGGAGCCUAGCGGAAGUUUACAUGUUAAUGUGGAAUUGCUGAAUGGAUCAUUCUCAGACGUUCCAAUGGGUGUUAUCACUGAGACUGGAGUUCCAGAAGCUCCGAAGGAGCGAGUGUUUAAGGAGAAAGAGGGGCUGCUCAACAGACGACGAGGUGCUAUGCGACGGCGUGUACACCAAGUGAAUGGUCACAAAUUCAUGACAACAUUUUUCAGACAACCAACAUUUUGUUCGCUGUGUAGAGACUUCAUUUGGGGUCUCUGGAAACAGGGCUAUCAAUGUCAAGUAUGCACUUGCGUUGUACAUAAACGGUGUCACGAACAAGUUGUAACAAAAUGUCCGGGGUCACGGGAAGCUGCUUCUGAAGAGCCACUUCAGGUGAGUGGUGCCAGAUUCAAUAUCAAUGUUCCACACCGUUUCACUGUCCAUAACUACAAGAGGCCCACGUUCUGUGACCAUUGUGGAUCAUUGCUCUAUGGAAUAUUUAGACAGGGCUUGCAAUGUGCCGCCUGUAAGUUGAAUGCCCACAAGCGGUGCCAGAAAAAUGUACCAAACAACUGUGGAAUUAACACUCGGGAGAUGGCACAGGCUCUUUCACAGAUGGGCAUUUCCGGUGACAAAUUGAACAAGACGAAAAAGGUUCCCAUAAGUGAAUCGCCCAGCAAAGAUGCCCGGGGUCAUGAGCGGUCAAGAUCUUCUCACAUACCAAUGAUUCCUGGUAAUCAUCGGUUGAAAUUUCAAAGACGAGGCAUAUUGCAGAACUUUGUAGCUUGUUCUCGAUCCUUAGACUCUGACUAUGAUAUAGACAUGGACCGUAGUAUGAUGUCCGGAGAUAAUCAUGAAGCUCGUGAUGACCACCACCACCACCACCACCACCACCACAGAUCCAACCGAAGUCCAUCUCAGGAACGGUCCAAACGUGAACGAUUUGUACUUAACGAUUUCCAUUUUAUUAAAGUAUUGGGGAAAGGCAGUUUUGGCAAAGUGAUGUUGGCUGAACGUCGGGAUACAGAUGAAGUGUAUGCUGUGAAAGUACUUAAAAAGGAUGUCAUCAUUCACGAUGACGACGUUGAAUGUACAAUGACUGAGAAACGAAUUUUAGCAUUAUCGGCCAAACAUCCAUUCCUGACUGCGCUGCACUCCUGCUUCCAGACUCCCGAUCGUCUAUUUUUUGUGAUGGAGUAUGUGAACGGAGGUGAUCUUAUGUUUCAAAUCCAGCGUGCUCGGAAGUUUGACGAACCUCGUGCCCGGUUUUACGCUGCAGAGGUGACCUUGGCUCUCAUGUUUUUACACAGACAUGGUAUCAUCUACAGAGAUCUGAAGUUAGACAAUAUCUUAUUAGAUUAUGAAGGACAUUGCAAGUUGGCAGAUUUUGGCAUGUGUAAAGAAGGAAUGUUUGAUGGACGUCUUACUCAGACUUUCUGUGGCACUCCGGACUAUAUUGCGCCCGAGAUUCUUCAAGAAUUAGAAUAUGAUGCCUCUGUGGACUGGUGGGCACUUGGUGUCCUGAUGUACGAGAUGAUGGCUGGGCAACCGCCAUUCGAAGCUGAUAAUGAAGAUGACUUAUUUGAAUCAAUUUUACAUGAUGAUGUUCUAUAUCCUGUUUGGCUCACCAAAGAGGCUGUGUCUAUACUGAAAGGGUUUAUGACAAAGAACCCUUCCAGACGUCUGGGCUGUGUUAAAUCUCACGGAGAGGAAAGGGCUAUUCUUGUUCAUCCAUUCUUCCAUGACAAAAUUGACUGGGAUGCUUUGGAACAAAGGAAGGUGAAACCUCCAUUUAAACCUAAAAUUAAAAGUCGAACAGAUGCCAACAACUUUGACAAAGAUUUUACGACAGAGGAACCAACCUUAACACCAAUCGAGAGUCAAACAGUAUCAGCAAUUAAUCAGGAGGAAUUCCACGGAUUUUCGUUUAUCAAUGUGGACUAUGGCCGGCUGGGGACUGGCGGUCCGACUGGGACGGCUGUGGUGGCAGCUGGCGGAGGAGGGGCAGCGGCAGCAGCACCCCAUUAACUGGACACAAUUAAGAGUAUUAAACCCCACCCCCCCAUAAACUCUCGCACACACACAUGUAUACAUACACAGACACACACACACACACACACACACAC